AUGCAACGAAAGAACGAGUUGAAGGAUAGAUUCUAUUUCACACCGGCCGAGUUUUUAAAACCUGGCCUGAUCAGAUCGUUUUUUUCACGUUUGAAGGCGAUACGUGAAAAGCAAACAGACACAAUAGUUGUAGAUAAAAUGGAGGAGGAAGAUGACGAUGAAUUUGACGAUAAUCAGGUAGUUGAAGAGACUGAGCAAAGAAAUAAUUUAAGAAAUUCAAUGGGAAUUAGCAAUGAACAAUCAUCACCUCCAGCUUGCUCUCGAAACCGAGCAGUGUCACCAGAUAAAAGAGCUGGAUCGACGACUGAUGUUCGUCCGGCUAAAAAACGUUCGUCAUCGAGGAAACGUACUGGUGACAAAUAA